UUUCUAUAGAAACCUAGCAUUUAGACAUGGAAUCAACACCGAAUAGUUUUAGCGGCGGCGAAUUGGAUUGUCGUGAAUGCAAAAUUGAAAGACAUUUGAAAGCAUGAUUGAUUUGUGCAAAUGAAGAAAGAAAUUCGAUGGAUAUUAGAUUGACUUGGUGAAAAAAAGAUAAUGGAAAAUGCUAUUUGUUUGCAAAAUUGGAUUCUAGCUGUAACAAUCACGUUAUAUUUCGCUUGGAGAACUUACGUGCCCUCCAGUGUCAAGAACUUGAAGGGGUUUCCUCAUACGCUGAAUCGUGGUGUCUAGGGCUUAAAUGUCAAUAACUUCUAUAGGAUGAGACAAUCACCUAAAUAUUACAGGGCUGUUUUGCGUUUGCUGUAGUGAUAUUUCACAUGGUCACAUCGUACGAUAGUCUGUAUUUUUUAUACCUUCUGACGGCAGAAAUUGGAACUAUCCUGAAGUCACGAGCUAUUGCUGACGUCCUAAGAUAUCUGGCAAGAUAGAGUAGUUUCUUUCACAUUAUCUUAUGUUAUGGCUGUAAGGGUUUUUUUUCCCCAAGGUCUUCGCUUUGCUGGUAUAUCAGUGGAGCAGGUAUUAGCUAACGUUGGGUUUUGAUUCUUAAUUUGAGUUGAAGUGCUACACCAUGGUAGUUUUCAAAUGUCAAAGAUUGAUCAUUGAUGAUAUGCAUAGGAAGCAGUGCUUAGCACAUUGUGCACGUGCUACUUUGUUGAUUGCCUUUAGUUUUUAAAGAGGCAUUUCGUCCUUUAUGACUUUUGUAUUAGCAGUGAUGCUUCAUUUAUUUCUACCCAUCACAGAGUUCAUUUCACAAAGUUCUUUGCCUUGAGACUGACUUAGAUAAGAGAAUGGCUGCAUUUUUUUCCCUUCUUGAGUGACCAGUAUUGGAAAACGUCCAAAUGGUUAGAGUUUUAUGUGAUAAGGCAAAGGAGAUUUUGAUGGAUGAAAGUAAUGUCCAGCCUGUGAAAAGUCCUGUGACAAUCUGUGGUGAUAUUCAUGGACAGUUUCAUGAUCUAGCUGAGCUAUUUCGAAUUGGAGGAAAGUGUCCAGAUACAAACUACUUGUUUAUGGGAGAUUAUGUGGACCGAGGUUAUUAUUCUGUUGAAACUGUAACACUCCUUGUGGCUUUGAAAGUACGGUAUCCUCAACGGAUUACUAUUCUUCGAGGAAACCAUGAAAGUCGUCAGAUUACUCAAGUUUAUGGAUUUUAUGAUGAAUGCCUAAGAAAAUAUGGUAAUGCUAAUGUUUGGAAGAUCUUUACGGACCUUUUUGAUUACUUUCCAUUGACUGCCUUGGUUGAAUCCGAAAUAUUUUGCUUGCAUGGUGGACUGUCACCAUCAAUUGAAACCCUUGAUAAUAUACGGAACUUUGAUCGUGUUCAGGAGGUUCCUCAUGAAGGGCCCAUGUGUGAUCUGUUAUGGUCUGAUCCUGAUGACAGAUGCGGCUGGGGAAUCUCUCCUCGUGGUGCUGGAUAUACCUUUGGCCAGGAUAUAUCUGAGCAAUUCAAUCACACAAACAGUCUUAAGUUGAUUGCUAGAGCUCACCAGCUAGUGAUGGAUGGAUUUAACUGGGCUCAUGAACAAAAGGUGGUUACCAUAUUUAGUGCACCUAACUACUGUUAUAGAUGUGGGAACAUGGCUUCCAUUUUGGAGGUUGAUGAUUGCAAGAGCCACACAUUUAUCCAGUUUGAACCAGCUCCUAGGAGAGGUGAACCGGAUGUCACCCGAAGGACACCUGACUACUUCCUAUAAUGUAGCUGCGGGAUGUCACACUGGUAUUACUACUUACUGCACUAAUUUCAGGUAGUACCGUAGUAGUGCAUUCUCGUUCCUGACAUUGCUAGCAUUUAAAUCCAUGGAUAUUCGCUUUCCAUGCUUUUGUGGUGGCUGUGGAAGUCGGCUUUGAUGUAUCAUAGGAAGGUAAUAUUCCACUGAUUUGUUACGACCAAGAACUUGCUGGAGGCUCUUUUGGAGAAGUUGCCUGGCUCAGAAUAUGUAUAAUUCCAGCAAAAUGUGGAUAUUUUUAAUUUUUCCCCGUCUUCCUUCCUUCCCUACUCCCCCGGGGUUUCUCAGAGGCUUUAAAGCGGUGAUGGGAUUUUUAAAUCUCGUGCGUGUUUUUGCUAUGUUCUUAUUAAUUUUUAUUUUUAGAAAAAGUUGCACGAUGGUAGUGGUAAGUUUUGUCCUUGCUAUAUCACGGUUCACACAAACCUUUUCUGCUCGAGUGAGCUUUUCUUUUCCUUUCCUUUAUUUUCUUCAUAUAAUGAUUUCACGCAAUCUCGUCAGCAGUUGGUUGGUUAACUUUGACUGAAUGUAUGGAUUAAUAGGAAUAUCUAUUCUGAACA